GGCCGUUCAAAAUUCAAAUUAGGUCAUUCUAAACAAAUUCCUCACGACUUAUUCGCAAUUAGGAGUUGAUAAUUACCCCUCUGUGUCGUGCGAGAUCCCCUGGACAACGUACGCGAUCGGGUCGAAUUUUCCGCACGCGUCUAAAAUCCUGCACGAAAAACGACAUUUUCUUUUCCAGUUUUUUAUUCAAUGAUGGCCUUAGUCGUGCUAUCUACUACGAGGCCGCGCGUCGAGAAUAAAUCACGAAACAUUUUUUCAUGUUAUUUUUGAUCAAAUCGAUGCCUCAACUACAUAAUCUUAAUCAAAAAUCGUCGAAUCUGGUGAGAUUUUCGAGUAUUUAUAACGUACGGGCCGUUAUUGAUUAAAUAGUGGAGCAGUGCCACUGUUUCAGGCUAUAUUCCACGCGAAAAUUCAUUAUCUUGGUCGAAAAUGCAAUUAAUUCCGAUGAUUACGAGGCACAGAAAGUUUCUUAGGAAAAUAUUUCGGAAUAGGUGACUAUGAUUUUGAUCGGUUAUUCGACCAGAAUAUCCGGGAGUUAGUUUGGUAUGCAGUGGCGGAAACUUGCGCGCUCAAAACUCUCUUCCGGUCGGUCACGCACGCGCAACAUGCUCUGCUGUGGCCGUAGGAAGGAUAAUGGGCGCGAGGCUUUGGAUCUCACGGCGUCGCCACUGCGUGCACCUCCAAUUACCCCUAACAACCGGCCCAGUCACCCGCCGCCUAUGGUCGUGCAAGGGGAUUUUAGAAAGGUGUCAGGAAUCAGCACAGAGAUAUUCAAACAGAUAGAAGCGGUUGAAAACGAUCACGAUGCAUCCACGGCUGCAGCGCUCGAACACGUGGAAAGACGCGGUGAGAUGAUCGUGAGAAUUCUAGAUUCUCGUCAUCUCGGUCGCGCUGCAGUCGAUCAAACCAAACGCUUUCUAUCCAUGCAAGAUGCAAAGCACCAAGUACAGUUCGUUGAAAUUGUUAAAAGGCCAGGUCAAACCUUAGGAUUAUAUAUUCGAGAGGGAAAUGGCCAGGAUCGACAAGACGGCGUUUUUAUUUCGCGGAUUGCUUUAGAAUCUGCUGUGUAUAAUAGUGGUUGCCUUAAGGUUGGUGACGAAAUUUUGGCAGUCAAUUUGGUAGAUGUAACGCACAUGAGCCUCGAUGACGUCGUUAUUAUCAUGUCGAUACCUCGAAGACUUGUUCUGGCGACGAGGCAAAGAAAAGGCGGCAAGGGCGGUCAGGGGUCGCCCUCAGUGCAACCCAGAGCUGAACACAAAGCGCCACCCGUUGUUGUCAUUAAAAGAGAUCUACGUGAGGAUGAAGGGGAUGAAGUAGAUUCUGCGGAUCAGCAUAGAGAUUCAUUGCGUCAAAGACACACCGGUGAUGGUAGAGAAAUGAAUGAAUCUCGAUCUCGACUUGGCCUAGGUCUGUCAACUCUAGACAGACAAUCAGGUCUAGAUCGGCAUUCGCAACAGCACUCACAGCAACAGCCUGAUUCCAAUGGAUUGGAUUUGUAUUAUAAUAGAAUGUCGUCGCAGCAAAGUCCUUCUUCGCACUAUUACGUCCAGCACUCAGGAACUGGGAGUCGUCGAAUAAUGCCUCGAUCAGGUUCCGAUCAACAUUUGCCACACACCGAAUACACUGACUACACUAGCAUCACGCAGGCUGGAAGGCACAGUUUGCUUAGAUCAAGUUUAAAAUCAGGUUCAACUCUCAGCAGGUAUAAUCAAAGGUUUGUGGAUCAGGCCGCAGUAGCAGCUCAACUGCAAACAAAAUAUGGUGGUACCAGUGCAUCUCAGUAUGGUGGUUCUUCAACUUUUAGGAGAAACCGAGGCAGUUUAGAUUACUCGAGCGACACGGAAGCGACAGUCGGUUCGAGGAAUGGGUAUUAUUAUUACAGAGAUAGAACUGAGCCUCCAACAGGACCUGCAACUCAUGGCACGAUACCGUCUUUGGGUCGACAAGGCUCUGGUUUAGCCACCACUGGCGACAUAAAUACGAAAUUCAACUCUCUUCCAAGGGAUUCCCGAGGUGCUACCAGAUUGGCGAUGAAUAAAAGAUUCGGAGACCGGAGCAUCUCUCUUUUGCAAGACGAAACUGAUGGAGCACUUUCGGCGCCCGAAAUGCCUUCGAUUCGACAAGAUCGAGAUGAAUACCGUCAGUGGCUUAGUAGAACCCCAUCAACUUCCGCAAUUUACGAGCAAAUUCGAGCAUCGCGAGAUGUACUGAAUCAGCAGAGAGCAGCCAGAUUCACUUACAGUGCGGAAAAUAUACACGAUGCUUUAAAGAAUAUGGAAAGUGGAAUUUACAAUUCAUAUGGCAGACCAGGAGCUACCUCAACCUUAGAUAGGCACUUUACAAGGUCACAGCAGCCGAGUAUUCCGGCUCGAUCACUGUCAACUCAACAUAUCACAACUGCAGCUUUAAGUAGUACUAGGUCUCCGUCUAUGCGCAGAAUGAGACAAAUUUUGGAUUUAGAUAGUGUCAGGGCUGGGGCGGCACCGAGUCCCGUGCCAACUCCAAGCGGAAGUCUUCCUGCCAGGGGCCAAAGGCAAUUAGACAUUAACCCAGCAGAAUUCUUGAAAUAUAAAAUUGACAAACCAGGCCUAUCAGGUGGUACUUCCAUUACCGGCUUAUCUCAAUUGACUGGAGGUACUUCAACAUCCAGCGCCGAUGAACCGGUUAGCGGAAUGCUGUGGAUCCAUCUUUUAGCUGGUAGAGGACUUAGAGCAUCUACCGGUACUUCAGCUGCCACGACACCUGUGACACCAAGUGGAGGAGUGCCUAAUAUAGGAGGAUCGACUGGACUAAGAGAUUUAUACUGCGUAUUAGAAUGUGAUAGAGUUCAUAAAGCACGUACUGUGGUGAGAACUGGUGAUUUAGUAUUUGACUGGGACGAGAGCUUCGAAUUGGAUUUAGUAAAUAAUAGGGAAUUGGAUUUGUUGAUAUAUUCAUGGGACCCUCAAUACAGGCAUAAGCUUUGUUAUAAAGGAUCUGUGUACCUUCCCACUUUGCUCAAGUCCGGGCCGAUACAUCAGCUGGCCCUUAAAAUCGAACCUAGAGGCACAUUAUAUUUAAGACUGAGAUACACCGAUUCGCAGAGUCUUUACAAAAGAAGACCUCUUUCGACAUUAACUCUAUCAAGAAUGACCCCCUUAUUUGGAGUUGACUUGGAGAGCGUGGUAAAUCGAGAGAAUAAGACUGGCGGAGUACCAGGAGGAGUGGCAACCGGACUAGUCACAAGUGGCCAGCAAAAUAUUCCUAUCAUUGUUAAACGUUGUGUCGAAGAAGUGGAAAGACGAGGACUAGACAUUAUUGGUCUUUACCGACUUUGCGGUUCAGCAACAAAGAAAAGGAUUCUCAGAGAAGCCUUCGAACGUAAUAGCCGUUCGGUAGACUUAAGCCCGGACAAUGUUCCGGAUAUCAACGUUAUAACAGGCGUUUUGAAAGACUAUUUGAGAGAACUUCCUGAACCACUAUUCACCAAAUGCUUGUAUCAGAUGAUGGUUGAUGCUUUGGGUGUUUGCUUACCCGACGAUCCAGAGGGUAACGCAAAAUUGAUGUUUUCGAUUUUGGACUGUUUGCCAAGGAUAAAUAGGGCAACACUUAUCUUUCUUAUGGACCACCUAGCACUAGUAGUUUCGGCUUCCGAUCGUAAUAAAAUGAACGCCCAAAACUUGGCAAUCGCUCUGGCACCCCCGUUGAUGCUUCAAUCGAGUGAUACGAUGACGCCAACGACAAAAUCACUUGAGUUGGAUUAUCAGCAACCAAUCAGCGUCUUGCGCUACCUGUUGCAAAUCUGGCCUACACCGAAACAUCAUUCAGGUCGGCGCGGCAGGCCGCCCGGGCCGCGUGGAGACAGUCGCAGUGUGUGUCCAGCGGAUUUCUCGGCACGAGUCGUGCAGUCUCGGCCCUCAGCGGCUCUGUGUCCUCUUCCUCCUCGCUCAGCAGCCUCGGCCCAGUUGCAACAGCGAGGCCCACUGCCACCGGUCCCAUCACACCAGAUACUCGGCCAAUCAUCAGUAAGCAAAGGUCCUUACCGUCCGCUCUCUCCGCGAGUCGGCCCACAAUCAGUGGCGGGGGGCCAGGUGUCCUUGGGAUCUGCGGUGCCCCCCGGUCCUCUCAAACCCCGGCAUGUGAUAGUAUCCUCUCCAGGUUCGCCAAGCAGUAGUAGCGACUCCCAAUCCGGCUCCGACUCCGUCAAACACUGCCUGCCCAGCCGCGUUAGUUCUCCGGCCGUCCGCGCCUCCCCCUCCGCCCAGACUCUGCUACGUUCCUCCCCUUCGGUGAACAUGGGAUCUUCGGGAUUGCGCCUCUCACCCUCAACGACAUUAGCUUCCUCAAUGGGAUCGCCAGCAGGAGGGCCAAAAAAUUCACCAUCAAUCACCAGUAUCAGUAGAGCAUCCCCAAGUUUGUUUAGCCAGGUAUCAAGGUCUAGUUCACCUGCAAUGCAAGGUAGCUCUGCAGGUCUGAAUGUAACACUUGGCGGUCCAUCGCCGUCGUUCUCAUCAUUAUCUGGACUGCAGAGCACUAUAUCCAACAUGACCACUACGACUGGUAAUAUGUUUGGACUAUAUACGCAACCAACCACUUACGCAAGCACCAAUCCCUUUUUAACUGGUGCCUACAUGUCCUACAAUACCGGUGAGAGUAGCUACGCUGACAAGUUCAACACAAUCGGAUCUACAAAGGAUAUUAAGUCAUUCUUCGAUAGCUACUCUUCUGACUCGCCCACCAAGUACCCCAGCAAAUUGGCCACGAACUACGAAACUAAAGGUUGCAACGAUUCAAUGAUGACUUCUGGUAGUAAUAAUGGUUCCAUAUAUAAUACGAAUAAAUAUAAUACGAUCGGAAGCAAGUUUCCAGAACAGAAGUCAGUUUAUUUAUCUUCGGUGUAUACUACAUCCGAGAUGAAAUAUAGUCCAAGCAAAAAUGGCGGUAGUUUCGAUACCGGACAAAGUACAGCACAAAGCAGUAGUUCUGGACUCUUACAAGUGGCAGACACCCCAACUCCCACUAGCAGCAUCGAAACGGAGGACAGCAACACUCGCGAAGUAGGCGAGAAGGACGUGGAAGGCGAUGGAGAACAAUCCGACUGAAUCAUUUGCGGUUUGGGCCCCCAUUAAUUAUUAAAAAUAGCUUUUUAUAUAGUGGCAGCACAAAUAAAAGACAUAAGUACGUUUAAGCGAACACAAUAGGUACUAGGUAGAUGUAAAAUCACCUCACUGAUGUCAUCAUCUUUUCAAUGUAUAUGUAACAUUUUUCUAAUUGUAUCACUUUUUAAAACGGAUUUCAAAUCCAAUAACUUUUAAGUUUAAAUUGUAACGGAACAAAGAAUCUGGUUUGGUGGAAUAUAAAUAUUUAUUAUACGUACCAUGUGGAUACCAGUAAGGUAGGUACUGUCUUUUUGAAAAAAUUGAGGUUGGUAUACGAUCUUGAACAAAAAAGCAAGAUCUAAGUAAUUGUUUUUUUAUUCAAAAGUGACAACCUAUACAAUCUUCUCACUACUGUGUGCGCCAUCUUUCUUAAAACAUGUACUUGCUUUUUAGAAAUCAAACUAAAUAGUUACUAUAGAAUCAUUGUUGACUAAAUAUUUAAAAUAAAUAUAUGAUUUUAGUUGGUAGAUAAAAAAAAAUAUUUAUAAAAAAUAAAAUAGAUUAUCUAAUAUCUAAAUGGAAUUAUAGACUAAGAAUUUGUUGAGUGUGGCACAAUUUGUUUUCCAAUUCUUUUUUAAAUCCCAUAAUAACUAUGAGAUAGGUUAUCGUUUCGGUAGUGUGAUAUAAAAUAGGUAUCAAAUAAAAAUACGACUGUGCUAGAAUUGUUCGAGCUUUAAAUGUUGGGAAUAUUGGCCCUCGUUCUUUUUACGAAAAUAAUUUAUUCCGAUAAUUGCUUUCAGUGAGAAAUAAUAGAAAAAAAUGUUCAAGGAAAGGUGAUGGAGCAUGAAUUAAAAAUAUUUUCGGAAACAUAUUAAAUUAUGUACAUUAAUUUUUGGCAAUAGCUAUGUAGGUACUGUUGUUGAUUGAGUUGUUAUUCAUAUUGAAAUUUGGGCUAGUUUGAGUGAGUUGGGUAUUUUGUUCAUAAGAUUUUUUUUUCCUUAUUUUCAUGACCAAUAUCUACAUUAGCUUAGACUGCUUAAAUGAUUGGUAGGUAUCUACAGUUUCUAGUCACAAUAAAUUGUCCUUUAUCAUGAAAUGGAAAUCAUAAAAUAAUACGAGUAUUCUAAUAAUUUCAAUGUCUUAACUAAAUUGUCCACACGAAGAGUAUUAUGUAGGUACAACUUGAAUCGCAAAUUUUGUUGAGAGUUUGGAUGUCGCGGAACCAAUUCCGAUGAUAAAGGCUUGCUUCUAGUUGAAACCAAUUUCAUUGGCAGCAAAAUAAAUGCAUUGUUUUAAAAAGAGCCCUGUUAGUCUGGACCUAUCUGAAAGCCAUAAUUAUUAUUAUCGAACUCAUGGAAACCAAAGUUUUAGGAUCACAAUUUCAACUUUAUUUUUCAUCAAUGACAUCAAUAACAAUAAUAACGCUAUUCCUAAAAUCAUUUAUUGAUUCGAAAGAUGUAAAUAAAAGCAUGUAAAGGAAAUAUUGUUUUUCAUUAACUCAAAUUAAAAUUAUUUUUUUGGGUUAAGUUCACUAACAGAGAACAAAAAAAUGGAAUUUAUUUCAACCAGAGUCUUUUGAUGUUCUACCGCUGUUGUCCUUUACAUGUUUCACAAGGACCUCUAUCAUUCUAUUAAUUUUAUUAUCCACCUGUCACAUUCUCGGCUCUAUAUUCUGUUGGAUAUGGAACAGAAAAUAACACGUCUUCCACUUUUUGGGAGUAAUUGUUGGUGUGAACUGGGUAAAUUUAUGAAAACUUUAAUUUUAUUUUCAACUCAAAGGAUCAAGUUGCUACAUUUGUUUCGCAUCUGUCCAGCGCAUUCAGCAGUUUGGAGUUUAGUACGCAAUGAUAAGGGGGUAACAUCAGAGUAAUAUUGGCAACUGAUAAGUCUAUUUCAUUUUUCUAUUCGAAGCCCAUCAAAAUCAUAGGUUCCUAGAUACAUUCUCGAAGAACUGCUCAAUGGAGUUGUAUUUUAAUCAUCAGCUUUAAAUUUUCAAAUGGGGAAAGACUGAAAAUGUAGAUAACUUUAGAGUACCUAAUGAAAUAUUCAAUUAUUAUUAUAUAAAUAAAUGGGGGUUUCUUUUCUCCGCUAUUCCAUCCACUAAUGCGUUUAGAUUUUCCAGAUUUCAUCAAUUUGGCUAGAUUAGCCAAAAAAAGAAACUGAAGUUACCGUCUGACAGCAAAAGUGCAUUUAUUUUUGUCAUUUUAUUCCGAGUAUCCAGACUUUUGUUCUACCGACUUGGUGCCAUUUUCAUGCCAUAGAUAGCGCUGAAGCCAGAAGUCUACCAUCGCUUUAUUCACUUUCGUAGUCAGGCGCUAACUUGAGCUUUUUCGCUUGCUACCCUAAUAGGAAUGGAAUAGUGAAGAAAAGAAACUCCCAGUUUCUUUGUACUUCUUUAUCGGUUAGCCAAAUAACCGGAAAUAUGCCCGGCUGGUUGAUCAAGGAUUCCUACGCCAUAGAUGGCGCUAAUAUCAUUUGUUUCCCCAAGAAUUGCCGCUCCACCAAAAAAAAAAAUGCGACAUAUACUGGCAGGGUUGGCAGUUGCAUAUCCCGCGAUGAUAAUUGCUUACAUUGGAAUUUAUAAGUUAUUUUCAGUAUAUUUCUAUUCCAUCACUUUAAACUAGCCUGAAAUAACCGGUAAUUAAAUUUGUUUAAAAUAAUUUUCUUUAAAUCAAUCACAAAUAAUUAAUAAGCUCUAGAAUAAUAAACAUAAAUAAAAUCACUGCCAAUAAUAUACCCUAAGUGCAAGUUAGGCAGAAUUCCAUCUUAACGGGUAAAAGAGCAAAAUAAAAAGCGUUUGUACACUUAUCCUAAUAUUACGUUUAAAAUACAAUAUUUUUGAGUUUUCCAAGUUUGUAAUUUUUCAUGAUACAAGUCUAUAUCGAAACUAUAGAUUGCUUAAAUACUCUUUGUACUUAAGAUGUAAAUACAAACUUACUUAUAAAUGCAAAUAGUUAAUAUAUAAAAUCUUGUAAACUUUUAGGAAUGUACCCUUCUCAUGAUGCUGUGUCUAGAUCGACAAAUAGAAUUUUCCGAAAUAUUAUCACUGGAAACUGCUCAUAUCGUCUAUACUAUUACUUAUUCUUGAUUCUUGUGAUUGUUAUAGGCAAAAGUUGGCCAGACCAAUCAUUAGAUAACCCAAAAUCUGUCGAGCUCACCACGAGAAUUUAGCCAAUCAGAAAACUUCUCUCGAUCCUCACACUUUUGUCGUAAUAUAAAUUGAACGUACGUACAACAUAUAUCUAAAUAUCAAACUCCUAGUUGAAAUAAAAUUAUGAGUAGGUUUUUCUGAUGCUUUCCUAAAGGGUUAGUUGCUAAAAUUGCCUGUGGUUUUCAGGUGCAUUCAACUUUUUCCAAAGCUUGCCUGAAAAAUUUUCGAUACGUCGCUUAAAAAGAUCAAACAUAUUAUCUAAGAUCAAAACAUACAAUUUUUUAAAAAGUGCCAGUCAUAAACGUUUGAAUUGCGAAAAAACAUGACCCGGAAUGCGGUAUUCUGAAAUGUUGUAAACGUGCUGUACCUGGAAUUUUCUCGAUAAAAGAUCUACUUAGGAUAUAGAAUGGGCGGUAACCAUUUGGCCUACGUCAUCCCGUUACUGCAUGCAUGGUAUUAUGUUAAAAUCGUAACUUUACUAGUGUGGAUAGAAUAACCCGAAGGAAAAGGCUUAUCCUCACACCACAUGAAUUACAAAUUUACAAGUGAAAUGCAUUACCUUCUUAUUACAAACUUGAGGUUAACUAGAUCAAUAAAACGUAACAUCCCUCUCAAUAUUUUGCUGAAUUUUUUAUUUUGAAAACUUUGUAGAAAAAACACAUGCCUAAGUAGGGCAGAUUGGAAUGUUCUGACAAUUCAGUUGUAGUUAGUUGCUCUUUUAGGUUGACUUUAUAUAAAAUAUAUAUUCCCAACUGAAUGAAUAAAAUCUAAUUUAGGUAUACUUGACUAUUUUUGAAUUGAAUGAGUCAUUAAUCUGUACGAAAGUAUGGUUUUCCUGGGAGAUUCUGGUCCCCUGAAUAAGGUCUAUCGAAGUGAUAAUGUAAGGAAGGAUACCAUUUGGCAACGCUGUGGACGGGUAAAAUCUUGCUCUGAAACGCAUUUUUUUCACUCGGUUUUUAUUGACUCCACGACGAAAAUACAUCUGCACAAAAAGAAAGCUAUUGAAAGUCUCUAUAAAAAAGAUCGAGGGGCCCUUUUUUUUCUAUAUGUAAUCAUUGUUUCAAAAUCUUUCACUGAAAUAGAAAUUUGAAAAAAAAAAAAAUGAAAUUCAAAAAAUUCUUGACGUUGUGUGGAAUUUAAACAAAGAAGUUCAUUUUCGGAAAAACACAAGUGUCCAACCUUGUCUUUACCGUUUUCUUCCCCUAUGAAUUCAUUGAGUCAUUGUUCAAGGAAAUCCAAGUCAAUCUUAGAACUUUGAGUUUCUACUUCAGUAACGCCUCCUUUUUCUGACCAGUCUUCAAUCGAGUCAGCAUUCCAGCAAGAUUGUCUAUGGCAGUUGCCGCGGCUGAUGAGCAAUUACGUCUCAACCUCCGACAGCCACACAAUGGUCCACAACAUUUCGUACAGUUGUAGUUAAUCAUCUUGAAAAAGUAGUUUGGGAUGUUGUUUCUACCCACAAUAUGGUAUUUUCUAGCAUGCUCUCUAGGAUUCAAUUCACACGAUUUUUGCACUCGAAAAUAUAUACGAAAUAGAUAUUGUUGAGCUGUUUCAUAAGUGGAUUGUCAUGAAUUCAAUUUGACUUAGUUUGCUUUUGCUCACAGCUUCAAUAAAGCAAGGAUACUGAUAGUUAUCGAUGAAAACUUCUAGGAGAAAGGUUAUAGACUGCGAGAAAAUUUUGUCUCAUUCGAAUUAAUAGUCAGGGGAAGAACCUCUGCUACAAUUUUCAAGUCCUGCCGUUUUUUCGUCACUUUCAAAACUGCAGCCUUGCCUUUAUUAAUCGAGAAUGCGGAUCUUGACUAUCCCAACGCUGAUCAAAGCUUCGUGAAGAAUAGAUUUUUCUUUCGAACUUCCCACUGUCUGGUUUGAGGAGAAAAAUGCUUUUUUAAUUGGUACUUGUAACACCAGUUGAAUUAUAAGAAGUUUCACAUUUCCCAAUCACAACCGUAGUAUUUGUAUACGAUUUCUCACUGCCGUCAACCAUCUAGUCUCCAAGUUCGAAUGGGAAGGAGUAGAGUCACAAUGAGACACAAAAAGUCUCCAAGGCUGAAGGGUGGAGUAUGGGCUCGAAAGGGUGAAAAACGAACAACAACAUCCUGUAACGAACUAUCCACUUAUGAAACUAAAAUAAAAUGUUGAUGAUGAAUGCAAAUAAUACCUACGCCUUCCUUGAUUGGCGUUUCUGUUAACGAAUUAUUCCACAUUUAUACAGUAACCUGAUGACGUUGAUGAAAUGGUCGCCUCCGCCCGCAAUGUUACUUUUUUUAUCAUUAAAUCAUUACAUUUGAUUAACUAAAUAAUUAAAAUCACUUUUUCAACAUGAAAAUUCUACUUGUCAACCUAAAUCCAGCAAUUUUAUCAUAUAGUUGUUGGUCCUAUGGUAUUUUAUACUUUGUUAAGCUAUUCCGAAAGUGUGAUGUGUCCCUUGCUAUGCAAGAAGUUUAUUUUAUUUUUGAAGUAGGUACGUGUCUCGUUAUGUUACAAUUUAAAAUGUUUAAUGUAUAAGUGUAUAUAAACAUGAUUCCCACCAUGAUUUUUAUCUAAUUUAAUCUACAUAGCAAUGAUAUUAUUUUCUGUUUUUUUGUAAGUAACUGUAAUCGUAAAAAAGGUAAGUAUAAUAUUCCAAAAUGGUAUUGUCCACGCCUGAAAUCUAAGAGAGGAAUUGGAACUAAGUUUUCGAGUGAUUUUGAGAAUAUAAUGUGAGACUUGAGAUUUUAAUCAUUAGCUUAAGGUUAUAUUUCUGAACAAUGUUCUCUGGGUUUUUUUAAAAAAAAAUCACGAAGGCGGCAUUCAGGGUAUUUUCCUUAUCGGAUUCGAGAAUUAGAUUUUUUCCUUCUUCCACGAUAAACAUGCUAUAUUAUAUUGAAAAUAGUCUAUCGCUGCAUUCGUAUUGCAGAGCAUGGUUACUUGGAAUUGAAGUGAUUACUUUGAACCUUAAACCUGGCAAACUAGUUUCUUGAAGCUUGGAAUUUUAAGCAACAACUGUAGUGUUUUGCAUUUGUAUUAAAAUCAGUCCGAAGUGUUUCUUUUUUGCUGGGUAACUUUGACGCGAGUCCGCUGUCAGGAUUAGAAAAAAUGAUGUGAAGUUACUGUGUCUGGUCUGGACUAGCAUAUCACCAAAUAUUUCCACACUUUUUUUGAAUCACUUAAAUUUAACCAGUGAUAUAUAUAUGUUUUUUCCUUGGGUUUCUUUUAGAUCAUUGAUUCCUUCAUAUUAUAUUUUUCAAGUUUAAAUUAAAAUUUAAACACCAAGACAAGUUUUAGGUCUAUUCAUGAUUAGGUCUAUACCACACUCUGUUCCGGGUCAGGUUGCUCCGGCUAAAGAAAAAAUCCAUCUGGAGAGAAUCCUGGCAAAAAAUGUUCGGAGCGCUCACCAAGAAAAUCUCGGUAGGGACUCAGCUAGUUUAUUCUCUUGAUGGGCAGGAACGUCACUCAGAUGGUUUUGAGUAAUUUUUUGAGAGACUUUGUUGAAGAAGUGAUUAUCCACGUGGGACUGUCUGUUCAGGCGUUCUCGAAAAUACUCCUCUCAUCGGGCACUGAUAGAAGCUGCAUCUUUAGGAAGGAGUCCCAUCUCCUUGGAGCUUUUGUACUUUUGUGGUACCUAUUAAAGAAGGCUCGAUGUUGUUAGAGGCUACCAAACGUUCCAAUCCGAUUUACUUUAUAGUCCACCAUUUGUUUUAUAGCAUUCUUUUCCUUCUUUGUACUUCGAUUUUUGAAGAUAGGUUUGUUUUUUGUGAGCUCAAUUUGAGUCUGCCAGAUAUUGUAGUCUCCCAGCUUCUGAUCAAUGAUGUUCUAAAUUUUUCCAUUGUUUUUAUUAAACCAAUACUGAGGUGUCCUCGUACCAUUUCCCCAAUCGAUUCUUGACAGGCUGACAGCUGUUUUAAGCAUGGACCAGUGCUGUUCAAUAUCGUCGAGUAAUUUAGCAAACAAUGUCUCAUCCAACUUCAAGAUCAUUAGCUAAACAAAUUUUGAAGAAAACCUUUUGCCUGGCUCAUAGCCUCGCUCUGGUGAGAAUAUAUCUAUAAGUACAUACUAUUUUAACGGAAUGCAUUCGAUAAGUAACUCGACGACAUAGAAAAAUGGUUACCGCUCUAUAUGUACUAAGUGUCCCUAAUAAGCCCAUUUUCAAGGUAUAUGUUCUACCCAUUUUUUUUAAUUUAUUUUUUUUUCAUGAAGUUUCGUGGCCAUAUUAUAGAAAUAAUAAGGACUACGUUUAAUUCAUGCGUUGUAUCUGGAUACUAAGCGGAUUCGAAUAAUAAUGAGGAUUAAUAAUCCUGAAAUAAACACCAGCAUUAGAGAAAUAAUCCGGAUCGGAGUACUUAAUCCAGUCCUCCAAAUUUGUAGGAUUAGACUUAAAAUGGAUUAUCUCAAAUGUGAAAUAAACACAUUCAUCCCAGAUUUAAGAAGUUUGUUGCUAACUUCAAAAAAAAAUCACAUUUGCCUUUGUAAUUUUUUUGAGGAUUGAUGUUAUUUAGUUUUAUUUGAUAAAAAAAUGUUUACCUUUUGAUUGUUAAUUGAAACUGCGUUUUCCAUCAUUGUUGCCUUUAAUGAAGUUAGAACAAAUGACACAAAGCAAUUUGCGCUUGCGCUUUUAACAAGGCCUAAGAAAGGAUUAUCUAACACUAAUUUUAAAUCCAUUUAAUGGUUGUGAAAUAAACGGAUAUGGAUUGAUAAUCCUCAAUCCACUUAGUAUCCGGAUACAAUGCGUGAAAUAAACGUAGUCAAAUAUAUUUUAAAAUUUCCCGUUUGAUUUUAUAAUCUCAUUAUUUCACUCAAAACUCACGAUCGUGUAGAAGAUACCCAUAUUUUAUUAGAUCUAUUAAAUUGCAUUUUGUGCAUUUAUUUGGAAAGCUAGUACUCUUUAGUUUCUCAUUAUUAUUUCAGAAAUGCACACAUUAAUCCUUAUACGUCUCUAAACGGGUCGUUCUGGUAUACUAUUAACCGGAAACUGCAUCUUAGGAAACUUUUAAGUAUUUACUUAUGUUUAUCAUUAAUUUUGAAGGAAAUUAUGUUGUCCAAAUACACAAGAAUAUGAAUCACAUCUUCGUUCUUAUUGAGACAUUCUAAAUUUCCAGGUUUCAGAUCACUUAAAAGUAUUCUACGAUAUUAGUUGAAACUUCUGCGGCCUAUCGCCUAAGUAGUAAGUGAAUGUUGCUAUAUAAAACAAAAUCUGUAUAUUUCUUAUGUUAGAGAAAGUAUGAGCUGUGGAGAGAGAUAUACUCUAGUCAAUUUUAGGUUUUGUCAAUUUUAGGAGCUGUAGUUAAAUUUGUUAUUUUAAGAAUGUUAUUAUUAUGUGAACAAUGCUAAAAAUUAAUAUUAUGAAUUUUUUUUUUUUUGUGUACGGUCUCGAUUUUCACUAUGAAACGGUCGACGGUAGAUACAGGUAUAUAUUUUUCUUAAUUUUCAUCUUGUAAAUGUGAAUGAUUUUUGAACAUUAACUCUGCAAUAAAUAAAAAUACAAAAUUUCGCUGCAAAUGUUUCGAGUUAGUCGAUUUUGGUCAUUUUUGAGUCAUAUCAUUUACGUGCUCUUACUAUAUUUGACUGAUAAAUAUAAAACUAAUAAAUAUAUCAUACCUCAUUUUUUAGAAUAAUUAUUAUAAAGUGAAGAACGAACACAUACAAAUUACAAUUUAAGAGAAACACGGUGAGGUAAUUAGUGUAAGUUUGCUUUUUGGCCGUUUCAGGUGAAAAUGAUUUCUGUGAGAAUUUUACGUGAAAUUUUAUAGGUAGUUUUAAUCGUAAUUAAACAUAUGAUAUCUCAUUAGGUGAUUAUUUUGCAAAAUAAUGUAUAAUAGCGCAAAUCUACACAAUUUCACGUAAAACUCACCUUAAAUUAACAAAACGUUAGAGACGAAUGGAAGUGUAUGUUUUAUGCACAUAUCAUUAUAGUGUUUAUACUUUCCUAACGGCGGCAUUGACGCCUGAAGUGUGUACAAUAAUAUUAUAAAAGCCUCGACCAUAUUAAACCAUUCUAAUUAUAUGUAUAUUUUUUUUUGGAAAUUAUAUUUGCGAAAAGACAGAAAUUUGGUUUUAGACAAAAGGCCUGAGUAAUUUUGAAGAUAAGUUUAACAUUUGUCAAGUGAAGUGCUUUGAGCAAAAAUAACACUUUUUCAAUGUCUAAUAAGUUAACCUGUUUUUUAAUUAAAAUUAUUUUUGUUGCUCUAAAAAAAAGUCAAAUGGGUAUUGAUCCCAUAUGGGGUAUAUACCUCUAUGGAAAGCUGCAUCGUGAAAAAUAUGGAUUUCAGAGAAGGGCUUUUAAAUAAAAUGAUGGAACAUUGAAUCCCGUAAAAGUUGACGUAAAAGCGAUUUUCCAACAAAGCAAAUCGUUGUUUUGUCAAAAACAGCAACAAGAAUUCCGUUUCCAUCAAACCCUUUAGAAAACAAGUUGAGUGUGUUUCUAGGGCGUUUCCACUACACCAACAGUUUCAAAUAUGACUAUUUGAUUCUUGUUGCGUGUGUUAUUUCUAAUAAUACAGUCAAUUCGGAAAAAAAUUAAUAGAACAAUUCGGAAAAAAAUUAAAAAAUGCCUAGUAUCUCAUAAAUUUGAAUGCUUAUCAUAACGCUCAAUAAGAUUAAUACAGUCAAAUUUUUUGUACCUACCUUUCCUCAUUUAUUGUAUAGGUACAUGUACUACUACCUGGAUCAAUGACCACCCAAAAAAACAACCACUGCAUAUUAUCAACUUGACAAAUGUUAUCUUUUUCUCAAAGUUAAGACAGGUAUUUCUAAUAUACUAUGAAAUGAAACGCAUAACGGCCCUGAAAUAAUUUCACAAUAUUUUCGAAUGCAAUAAUGUGUGCUUUAAUCGUCCAUAUAAGUAUAGAAUGAUUAUAAUGUAAUUAUCUAUCUUUUUCAACAUCGCGGAGUCUGAUAGCGCUAAUUUUUCUUUAGCUUUAAUUUUUUUUUAAAUCUCAAAUCAUUCUAAGUUUGCGUAAAAAUACUAUACUUAAGAGUUGCUUUCAGUUCGAUUUGAAGUACGUCUAAAUGGAAUUCGAACUUCAAAAUGUCUAACUUAAACUAAUAUCUAGACCCUAUUCUCUUACCCUACUAUAGUUCUAAACAAAAAAAUCAAUCUAUACAACGAAUAUUUUAUACCAAAUGACUAUCACGUUCAUAUCUUCAUGUAUCCCAUAUAAAUAAAAAUAGACAAUAUAGAAUUUUACUACUGAACUUUUUAUAGAAGAAAGAACAAAUCUAAUUUUUGAAAAAUAUUGUGAAAAUAUUAUUCCGGCCGAUUAAAAGUUCUGUUGUUUUAAUUCCCGCAAUUUGAGAACCAGGAGCAAUAAAAUUUUAAAUAAUAACACUGAAAUAAUAAAUAAUUUUCGGCGGUAUUGAAGCAAUAGAACUUAUAAGGACAUAAAUGUUUAAAAUAAACUAUUUAUCAGUAUUUAAAAUAGCUUUUCAAAUGGCUAGACCCUCCUAACCUGUACUUAAUAACAAACUAUUAAAUAAAUUAAAUAA